AGUCUUCCCCAUACAAAACUGGUAACAUGCUUAAAUUGGACCCAUUUUGGGCGGAGUAAAGCCUCUCGCUAGCCUCUUCCUCUCUUGGGAAACCCCUAUUCGUGGCUGAUUACAGUCAUUUGUUGUGACGUCUACAAAUGCAACGUAAACUGUGGCUUGUAUUGAUUGGAAAGGUUUCCAAUUAGUUUCCGAUGCUUCGUUUAAUGAUAAUGGAGAGGGUACGGUGGUGCCCCAGCCCCCUGGUCUGUGGGAUGACUCGAUGAGUGUGGUGGGGUGUGGCGGCGGGGCACGGAACAGCAGAGCAACUGAGUGAGAAGAAUGGGCAGUAGGGGCUGUGACUGCAGGCUCGCUGUCUCCACUGGUGUCCCCACUGCGGUCCUCUACGGCUCCCUGUCCCUGUUUGUCUCCAUCCUGCACAACGUCUUCCUGCUCUACUACGUGGAGACCUUUGUCUCCGUUUAUAAAAUCGACAAGCUCUCCUUUUGGGUCGGAGAGACAGUGUUCCUGAUAUGGAACAGCUUAAACGACCCUCUCUUCGGCUGGCUGAGUGACCGCUCCUUCCUCAGCUCCCCACAAUCUGGCCCCCAGAUCUCCAGCCCAGAGGUGGUACUAAAGCGUCUGGCUGCCCUCUCUAGGAAUGGCCCCCUGUUCGCCCUCUCCUUCCUGGCUUUCUGGGUGUCAUGGGCGCGGCCGGGCCUCCAGUUCCUGGUGUGCUUGUGCCUGUAUGACGGCUUCCUCACCGUGGUGGACCUCAACCACCACGCCCUGCUGGCCGACCUGGCCGUGUCGGCCUACGACCGCACGCGCCUCAACUUCCACUGCUCUCUGUUCAGUGCCCUGGGCUCGCUCUCUGUCUUCCUGUCCUACAGCGUCUGGGACAAGGGUGACUUCUACUCCUUCCGGCUGUUCUGCGUAGCGCUGGCGGUCGUCUCCGCACUAGGCUUCACCGCCGUGUCGCGCCUGUUGAAGAGCCGCUUUCAGAAAGAGGUGCGCCUGAGACGGGACGAGGCGCUGAAACUCAAAGAGUUGAGUAUUGGCCAGGGCCCUCUGACCCAGCAGGAGAAGCCAGUCACUAUAGGAGAGUAUCUAAGGCAGCUCUCCAAGCACAGAAACUUCAUGUGGUUCGCCUCUAUGAACCUGGUCCAGGUGUUUCACUGUCACUUCAACAACAACUUCUUCCCUCUGUUCCUGGAGCACCUCCUCUCUGACAGCAUCUCUGCCUCUACUGGCUCCAUUCUGCUGGGGAUCUCCUACAUAGCACCCCACCUGAACAACCUGUAUUUCCUGACCCUGUGUCAGCGCUACGGGGUCUACACGGUCAUCCGCUGGCUGUUCCUGGUCAAGCUGGCUCUCAGUGUGGCCAUGCUGUUGGCCGGGGCCGACCAGGUCUAUCUGCUGUGCAUCUUCAUCGCCAGUAACCGGGUGUUUACGGAGGGCACCUGCAAGCUGUUGAACCUGGUCAUCACAGACUUGGUGGAUGAGGACUUUGUGGUGAACCAGCGCCCGCAGGCGGCGUCAGCGCUGCUCUUCGGUAUGGUGGCCCUGGUAACCAAGCCUGGCCAGACCUUUGCUCCUCUCAUCGGCACCUGGUUGCUGUGUGUCUACACAGGCUAUGAUAUCUUUGAGAGAAACUCCAUACAGGACUCUGCGGCAGCGAUGGCAUCCCCUGUCUCAGGCCAAGCAGGCUUCACUGUUCCACUUCGCCAGGGCUGUUUCUACCUGCUAGUGUUUGUGCCCAUCUCCUGCGCCCUGCUGCAGCUACUGGCCUGGUCCCGCUUCACCCUCCAUGGACGCAGACUGCAGGGCGUCAAGGCCCAGAGGCAGGGAACCCAGCACAGCCACCUCAUGGACGUCAAGGCCAUCUGAUCUGAGUCCAGCCCCUCCGCACCUUCACUCAACUGCAUGAUGCUAUUCCACCCUCUGCCACUGGGGUCAGCAGGAUGGAACACUGGAGAACGGAUUUAAAUCCCACUGUCAGGUCAGGGACAAAAAUAUACUGUGAGAAUCUUGCCUUAUUUUGAUAUUAAGAGGACAAAGACUAUAUAUGUAUGAACUGAUGACUAAAUGAUACAGCAGAGCCAAUCAAAGAAUAAGAUUCCCAUGCCCCUCUCUGGGACAGGGCGAGUAGACCAUCCUAGGUUGAGGCGCAGCCUGGAAUGCAUUUCCAUCCCCAAAGGAACACAAAUUGUCACCAACUAACCCAUGGCAAAAUGUGUUAAAUUGCUGUGUGAAGGAAAAUAUUAAGUAUGAAGGGAAAAAAUGGGUGUAUGUGCACACGUGUAUAACAUCUAAAGCCUGAUUUGCAUGGACCUUGCACUUUAAAUUACAAUUAGUGUUGAACCAUCACCAUGCUAUUCUCUGUAUCUUUAUGAAGUACUUCUAGUACGAAUCUGCAUGUUCAGAAUUGUAAAAAGUCAAGCAACUAUUUCUCUCUUUGUUUUUACUGUGACCAGUACUUCUACUAUAAUAGCUGCCAUCUCCAAUAUUCAACUGAAUUGCCUCGUGUUUUCUCACGCAUUGUUGUAACGUUUGAAGGUGACGUGUUUAGCAUUUAGGUAGCUAUUACAAAACAAGGCCCCUAAACAACUUCUGUUUACAUGUGUACCCCAGUUCAGGAAAGAGAUGUAUCUUUACACAGUGUACAAAACAUUAGGAAUACCUGCUCUUUCCAUGAGACUGACCAGGUGAAAGCUAUGAUCCCUUAUUGUAGUUAAAUCCACUUCAGUCAGUGUAGAUGAAGGGUUAAAGAAUAAUUUUUAAGCCUUGGGACCACUGAGACAUGAAUUGUGUAUGUUUGCCAUUCAGACUGGGCAAGGGAAAAGAUGUAAGUGCCUUUGAACAGUAGGUAGUAGGUGCCAGGAAGCACCGGUUUGAGUGUCAAGAACGGCAACGCUGCUAGGUUUUUCAUGCUCAAUAGUUUCCCGUGUUUAUAAAGAAUGGAUGCACCACGCAACGGACAUCCAGCCAACUUGACACAACUGUGCGAAGCAUCCACGUGGAACGCUUUCGACACCUUGUAGAGUCCGUGCCCCGGCGAAUUGAGGCUGUUUUGAGGGCAAAUGUGGGUGCCACGCAAUAUUAGGAAGGUGUUCCUAAUGUGUUGUACACUGUGUAUAUACUGUACCAUGAAGAGAAUUGAGAAACAAAGAUUUGACUGAAAAUGUGAAACUGUUGUGCCAUGAUGAUGACCCAACUAAUAUAUGAUCAUCAUGAAGAAUACAUUCCGUACUUUUUCCAAAGUUUAGUUUUGAAUACUGCUGCUACAUGGUUUUCUAUGUGAACAGAGUAUUAAGGAGUCUUAAAUUCCAUCAUAUUAGUAUUACAUUUUUUUCUAAAGUAUUGUGAUAAUUUGAAGACACCUUGAUAGUAGUGUUUUUAAGUGACUCAGGAAUUCCAGUUUCAGCACCAUGUGAUGUACUUAGCCAGAAUGGAAUGCAGAGGUUUGAUCUUAUAAGACAUCCUUACGGUAUACAGCAGGGAUGCCUGUAAUUUGCCAGUUUUAUUACGGAAUACUGUACAUGUUUCUGUCUGGUUGUACCCCUGCUCAUUGUAGCAUCGGCCAUUUCCGACCAUCUUUGUGACCUUUUAUUAAAGUGAUCUCACUACUUGUGAGUUUGUGGAA